CGCGCGUAAGUAGUCGACGCCGCCGAGGACGAGCCCGUCGCAAGAUGGCGGCGGCCAUGCUGGGCCUCGGAGUUCUGUCUGCGCAGCGGGCGGCGGUAGCGGCUCGGGCAGUGGCGGAGUCGGCUACGGUGCCUGAGGCCGAGGCAGUGGCUCCCCUGCAGCCCCACCGGCACUAAGUGGCAGUCUUCUUUCCCUCCGUACCCGGUCCGCUGGAAACAAGCCGGCCCUCUCCUUCCCUCCCUGCCCCUGCCCUGCCCGCCUCCCUCGGUGCCGCCUCCCUGCCCUGCCCAGCCCGCCGGCCCCCGGAAUGGAGUUGCCCGGGGGCCCCGGUAUGGCGGGGCCCAGCAACGUCCCUGCUUUCCUGACCAAGCUGUGGACCCUAGUGAGCGAUCCGGAGACAGACCCGCUAAUCUGUUGGAGCCCGAGUGGGAAUAGCUUCCAUGUUUUUGACCAAGGCCAGUUUGCCAAGGAGGUGCUGCCAAAGUACUUCAAGCACAACAACAUGGCCAGCUUCGUUCGGCAACUCAAUAUGUAUGGUUUUCGGAAGGUUGUCCACAUUGAACACGGUGGCCUAGUGAAGCCGGAGAAGAUCGACACAGAGUUUCAGCACCCGUACUUUAUCCGGGGCCAGGAACAGCUCCUAGAGAACAUCAAGAGGAAAGUGACCAGUGUGAGUACAUAACGCCAUGAGGAUAUAAAGGUCCGACAGGACAAUGUCACCAAGCUGCUAACGGAUGCGAUGAUGAAGGGCAAACAGGAGACUAUGGACUCAAAGCUCAUGGCCAUGAAACAUGAGAAUGAAGCCCUAUGGAGAGAGGUUGCCAGCCUUCGGCAGAAGCAUGCCCAACAGCAAAAAGUAGUCAACAAGCUUAUCCAGUUCCUGAUCUCUCUCGUCCAGUCAAACCGGAUCCUAGGGGUGAAGAGGAAGAUCCCCCUGAUGCUGAAUGACAGCAGCUCAGCACAUUCCAUGCCCAAGUACAGCCGCCAGUACUCCCUGGAGCACGUCCAUGGCUCCUCUCCCUACACGGCUUCUUCCCCAACCUAUAGUGGCUCCAACCUAUACUCCUCAGACUCGGCAGCCAAUAGCGGACCCAUCAUUUCAGAUGUCACAGAGCUGGCCCAGUCCAGCCCCUCGGCCUCCCCCAGUGUCAGCGUGGAUGAGAGGAUCAGCCCAAUGAUACGAAUCAAGGAGGAGCCCGCCAGCCCACCACGAAGUCCCCAGAUCGAGGAGACCAGUCCAGGCCGCCCCCCCUCAGUGGUGGAGACUCCCCUGUCCCCUUGCACCUUCAUCGACUCCAUUCUUCAGGAGAAUGAGCCCAGCACUGCCGCCUCGGUUUCUGGCACCGUGGGUGGGACCAUCUCCUCUCCACCUCCAGGUCCCCUCCAGACUCCCGAGAAGUGCCUCAGCGUAGCCUGCCUCGACAAAAAUGAGCUUAGUGAGCACCUGGACACCAUGGACUCCAACCUGGACAACCUACAGACCAUGCUAACCACCCACGGCUUCAGUGUAGAUACCAGCGCCCUACUAGAUCUCUUUAGCCCCUCAAUGUCUGUGACAGACAUGAGCCUGCCUGACCUGGACAGCAGCCUGGCCAGUAUCCAGGACCUCCUCUCCUCCCAGGAGCAACCAAAGCCUCUGGAGACUGAGACAGGUGGUGCAGACUCAGGGAAGCAGCUGGUGCACUACACAGCCCAGCCCUUGUUCCUGGUAGACUCCAGCACUUUGGAUACAACAGGGAAUGACCUGCCCAUCUUCUUCGAACUGGGGGAGGGGCCUUACUUCUCGGAGGGGGAUGACUACACUGAUGACCCUACCAUCUCCCUGCUGUCUGGCUCUGAGCCCACCAAGGCCAAGGACCCUGCCAUCUCCUAAGGCCCCUCUUCCUCUGGGAGGGGGAUGAUCCAGGCAUCAGGGUCCCCCUCCCUUCCUUGCCAGCCUUCCUGAGGGUGGGAGAGGAGCACUGUCCCUUGUGUUUGUGCUCAGAGAAGUUGCCAGAAAUCUAAUUUGGCGGAAACCUGGCAACGGAUAAGACCCAGGCUAUAAUUAUGGGGCCACCCACCUGAGCAAGGGGAGUGAGUAUGCCCAAGGGGGCUGUUCUGGACAGAGCUUGGUAAAAUGGAAGCAGCCCCAGGCGAGCAGAGGUCACCAGGAGAAAGGACCCGACCCCAACAACAUGCAUGCCUUGGGGUGGGACCCUGCCCACCACCUCUCACAUGUUCCUGUGGCUCCACUGGGCGGCAGCUUCUGCUUGUCCCACUUCCCAUCCCAGGCUCUGUAUGUUCUCCUGUUGGUUGGUUUGGGGUUUUCUCGGUUACACUUUGUACUGACCCCUGCUGAUUGUUGAUAGAAUUGUAUUUUGGAUUUUUACAUGAGAGAAGUUUACCCUUCUCCCCCUAUAUAGAGAAUAUAUAUAUAUAUAUAUAUAUACAUAUAUAUAUACACAUACAUACACAUAUAUAUGCAGACAGACAGAUCUAUAAACAGAGAGGCUAUAUGGCUGUGGUUUCUCAGCUAAUGGGGAGUGUUAUUCCUGGUGUUCAUGGGGGAAUUACAUGAACUUGGAUUGUGUUGAGGCUGGUAGUUUCAGUAUUUGGGGAGGGAGGCCAGGAAGGGAAGGAAGCAAGAGUCAGGGGCUGGCCUCUCAGUCAGGGACCAUAUCUAAGUGAAUGGGCCCUCUGUUGAGAAGGGGAAGGUCCUGAUAGGUUUGUCUGUUCUUCCUUGGGUUGGAGUGUUUGAAGGGGUGCCCUAGGACCCUCCCCCCAGGCAGCAACCAUAGAGAUUUUUUAAUCCAACCCCUUUUUAUAGGUGAGGAAAUAAACCCAGAGAGAUUAAGAAAGCAUCAUGUCAUUGGAAUAACAGUGGAUUAUUUGGAAUCAUUGGGCUCCAAAUUAGCUGUGUGAUCUUGGGUCGUGUCCCUUAAUUCCAGACCUUGGUGUCCUCAUCUUUAAAGCAAAAUCGUUCUAGAUUUCUGGUCCCUUCUCUAAAUCCUGUGAUCCUCAGUCACCUGCCGAGGUCGCAAAGCUCAGUAAGUAGAACCAGAAUUCAUUACCAGGUCUUCUAGAAUCCAAACUCAGCGUGCCACGACACCUGCUGCCUUCUCUUUUCAGGCCAUUCUUGUCUCCCUUCUUUGCCCAUUUCUCUUGCAGGCCUGUUUCACCUGGAUUUGCCCUGUAUCCCUGCAGUUUCUCUCUUAUUCUGCAUUUCAUCCUUUUGCCCUUUGGGGUGAAGAAAUUCCCUAAAUAAGGACACUAGCACGCAAGGCUCACUGACCUGAGCUCUCCCCAACCCUCCGGGUACUAUGAUUGGGCCACUGGACUCCCACUUAGUAUGGAAGGUAGAUGCCUUCAAAUUUGUAUCAGAAUUUGAAAAACACAGAUUUCUCCCCCCCCCCCCCUCACUACAACACACCUGCCCCUAAUCCACAGCCAGCCCCCCUCAUUAGCUAAGGCCAGAUUUAUUUUCAGAUACAUUUAUUGAAGGGACAGGGGGAAUAGGGUAUAAGGACCAGGGACUGAUUCUCAGCAGAGGCUCCCGACAGCAGCUUCAUAGGCCUGUAGGCAAAAGAGGAAAGGAAUGUGUCAGACUGGGGUUUCUCAUUGGGCUGGUUUCCCUUACGGCACCUGCAUACCACCAAUCCCUGAGCCCUGUGCUGUCAACCAGAGUUCACUUAGAAAAUAGAUCUUGUACCAGGUCUCAAGGCCCAGUCUCACACUGCUAUACCACCAGCUCUUCUGCUGAGGUCCUCGCCACCUCUGGGGGCAUAAGGAGGGCAUUAAUAGAAUCAAUGCUGGCAGAUAGAAGGCAGUCACCAUCCAGUUGAAUGCAGAAACUUCUCACUCAUUUUCCUAUAUAGUCCCAGUAUUGAAUUGGGGCAGAUCCUUCAUAGAUCUUCCCUUUCAGGUAUUCAUCUGAGGAAUAUUCUGAGGCAGAUGGGAGUUAUUUCCUUGGAUCCUUCCAGCAUGCCUUUCCAAUGACGGGGUUGAGGCUUAUUCCCAGUGUUGUCCCACCCAUAGCCAAAUGACCCAUUAAAGAGAAGGGAGUGCAGAAAUCAUGUACAAACUAGACCUGAAUGAACAACCCCUCCCUCCACAAUAUUUCUGAUCUUUCGUCCUUGCCAUGAAAACCUCUAUUGAGGGAAUCCUUGCUUUCUAGCCUUGCUGGGCAAUCUAACCCGCUCUUGCCCAUGGAAAUCCUUCAGGCACUUGAUGACAUUGAUGUCUCAGCCUGAUCCUCCAGGUUAAAGACCCACAAUUCCAUCAAUCCUUCCAAGGCCUAAAAUUCAUUAAAUUUUCUGACUUUUCACUUGGUAACCUUUCUUGACACUAUGUAUGCUGUGCCUACACACCUAGGAUCCAGGUGAAAAGUGCUGAGCUCACCUCGGGCCUUCUGGAGAGGGGAUUCAUCAUCUUCCUCCUCCUCUGCUCCCUCUUCAUCUUCCAUGUCUACAAGGGGCAAAAGAGGGGGAGGUAGGGGAGAGAAGGAAGGGUAACAGGUGUUCCCAAGUCCAAACUGCCUCCCCCCAUGUCCCUGUCUUGGAUGGGGGAGCUCAGCUCAUCAGUUACGGGCCAGUUGCCUUGAUGCCGGGAGAAGCUCACCAGCUGCCUCCUCGCCAGCAAAAUUCUGGCUUGAGUCAGAAUCAGGGUUGUCGAGGGACUCCGCUUCUAAAGCAUUUUCCUCGCUUUCAUCCUCAGUCUGCAGGGUGUGCUUGUUCGACAGCGGGGCUUCUGCUUAUGGAGAGAAGGUUCCAGGGGGCAGAAUGAGGGGAGACUGGAAACAGGCCGGGAAGACAUUGGGGUUAGAAGGAAAGAGGGGUAGGGCAGAGGUGUUGGGCCAACCCGUGUGGAUGCCCUGCCUUCAGACACGGUCUUUGUAGUGGAAAUCAAGUGCUCUGGUAGGGAGCGACCCUUGCCAGCACAGCCACAGGUAGGAUCCCCAUGGGGCUGGGUGGCACUGUGCAGCCCCAACUCCCUUUCAUGUAUUCCAGUUGUGACUGUUCCCCACAACUGCCCUUCCCCCACCCCAAAUUCCUAGGAUGGAUGUGGGAAAGGGGAGUGAAUCUCACCUUCUGCAGCCACUAGAGCCAGAAAUAAGAUCAGCAAAGAGACAGGUAGCAAGAACCUGAGAUUGGAGUAGGGGGGAGUUACCUAGGGGUCAGGUGGCUCAGGGCCUGCACAUGUCCCAACUUCCAUCCCAAAUGGACUCCCCAAAGGGCCAUACCUCAGGACUGGAACCUGGGAUUCCCCAUUUCAGAAGUUGGAGCCUCCCCUCCACCUGCCCUGCACAUCCCAGACCCAGAAACCCUCUUUUCCUCCAAGCCUUACACCCAGUUGUCCCUUGACCUCACCGGGGACCAGGAGCCAUGACUGCAUCCAAAUGAAGGGAAGAAAGAGCAAUAGCUCCCUGGGCAGAGGCACAGCUAUAUGGAGGGAGGGUGGGACCUGGACAGGGACCGCCCCUCCCCUUUGUCCCGAGCCUGCCCCUCCCUCUCUUCCUUCACAAUUCUACCCAUCUUCCACUUCCUGUCAUUGUCUAUUGACUCGGUCUUCUGAGAGAAGCUUUCAGAAUGGAAAGAAGUGAAGGCAAUCUCUGCUUCCCCACAGGAACAGUUAUGGUUUGUGUGCCUGUUACAUGCACGCCUUCCUACCCCACCUUUGACGACCCUGGAGCUGGGUUAAGGGAGGCGGGGAGGAAACCAGGAAAUCAGAUCAGGAAAAGUAGAUAGAGGAGGCUAAAAGGGUUAAUGGAGUACGCACCAGGCCUAGGCAGGGAAUAGUACCAGGGACAAAGCAGAAGGAGAAGGGACAGGAUAGGACAGGCUCUGGAUGGUCCCGGGGCUAAGGGAAGGCCUAAGAACAAGGGGCCCUUUCUAGAGAACCUAAUUGAAUGACCCAUUGUCUUGCCCAGAGAGCUGGGGGGUGCGGUACAGCCAAGGGCAACUCUGAAGGGGUUUUGUUUCCCAGAAUGAGCUGCAAUGGGAUCAUAGCCCUGCCCUGUACCCAGGUUGGACAAAGGGGCUGUACUUGUAUUAGAAGUGCUCUGUCCAAGCCUGUCAAAUUCCCUCAAUCUCUCCUAUCUCAGAACCCCCUUCAGGAAGAUGAUGGAGGAAUAGGAGAGUAGAAUAAUUCCUCCUACCCAGCCACCCCAGUCCUGAAAUCCUCAGCAUCUAGGUCAUGUGGUGCUUCCCUCCCUUCCCAGUGUCCACAUGUCAUUACUUAAAGGUCCUUUUUGUAGGGAUUAAAAGGCUGCUUGACCCAGUGGAGCUGGAAACCUGGAACUACAUGAACCAUGUACCUGCCCUAUCCUUCCUCCCAGGAUCCCCUUCUACAAAAGCUUAAUCAUCAGGGCUGUACCCAAAGCCAGAGAAGAGCAGAGCCAAACCUGGGCCGAGCCCUGCCUAGUUUCCAGAAAGAAGCAGGACCCAUUGUGCUUGGAGACCUGGAGGGCUUUCCAGUCAAUCUGGGAAGCCUCAUCAGCUCUAACUCUGCCUCCGUCUCCUAGGACUGACCUUUCUUGACAGUGAUCCACCAGAACCUGGCCAGGGUCACUGUGACCUAUACAGCAUUCUGUUCUUUUGAAACAGCACAUACAACUCCACAGCCCUAGCAACGCUACCCGAGUCUCACUCUGGGUGGUGCCAGAACAUCUCUUCACCUGGGAUACUGAUGGGGGGCCUCUAGUAGAGGCAUCUGUCCUCCUAGGGGCAGUGUUCUGCCUCAGGCAAGGAUGCUCAUCUUCUACCAUCAGUGUUUGGUUUCAGACCAGGACAUCCAUUCUUCUGAGCUCAGUGUAUUCCAUCUGGUCAAGGCAUCUCCCCCUCGAGAGUCAGCGUCCUUCAGGCUGAGGUGUGGAAUGUUUGCUCAACCACACCCCUGCCCAGUGCCCAGCCAUUGGUGUAGGAUAAUACCUGAGGUCCCAACUUUAGGGUCUUUGGUGCAUCUGGGGUAUCUAUACUCUUGGGAGGUCAGUGUCUACUUUGGGUAGAAUAUCCACCAUCCCCAAGCAUCAAAAUCUCCCCAAUCCAGCUAGUUGAGCUGUCCAUUUCUCAGGUCAGUGGAGAACGGAGUGGACUUGUUAUCUUCCCUGGUAGAUUCUCCUUGAUACUAGUAAUAGGUGGGGCCUCAGAACCAAACAAGUCUAGUCAGACCAAUCUUGGGCCAAUUCUUAUCACUGAUCACUAUCCCUAGGAACCCGACCAAAGCAGUCCCUAAUUUCCUCCUGCUCUUCGCAGUCAUAGGGUAAUGGGCACCCCCAUUAGGAUCUCCGUGUGACAGGCUACAGUAACCCAGAGAAACAUGCCAAAGGGCACAGUCUGAUUAUUUGAACUACAGAGGUUAAGCUCUUCUAGGUCCCAGGAGGUACAUGAGCUCCCCUGUUUUAUAAUGAAUGAAGCAAAAUGCACACAUACAGUCUUCCAGGGUUAAUAUGCCCACUCAGACUGGCAACAGUUAAUGCUGGAACCAUUAUAUGCUCAUUCCCUAGUAUAAUUGGGAAAGGGUCCUCACAGUCAAGGAUACCAAGGAAUCAGCAGCACCUAAUCAACAGAAUUACUGCUUGGGGCAAGGAGCGGGGAAGAGAAGGAUCAGUGUUAAGAUGAAGAUUAGAGGUUCAGUGCAGAAGGUCAUUGCGUUCAAAUCUCAACUCUGUUAAUUGUGGAGCCUUUGACACGUCAGUCACUCCAUCUCUGGCCUUCUGUUUCCUUAUCUGUAAAAUGAGGGAGUUGAACUAGAUGUGACUCAGGUCCCUUUUGUUCCAAAUCCUGAGAGUUCUUUUUAAUAAGUUCAAUGUGAGGUCCUGGUGGGAUAUCAAUGCCAAAUGUCCUGGAGGCAGAGAUGCCCAGCUGGAGCUCAGAAAGAGACCAGGGCUGGAGAUUUGGGAGUCCUCUACAAAGAGGAGGGAGUUGAAGCUGGGGGCAUAAAGGGAGAGUAUGGAGUUCCCAGAAGCAGCUGGCGACAGUAGAAGAUUUUGCAUGAUAGGUGAACCAGAGAAGUAAGUGUAAUAAGAUGGUGGGGAGAGGACGUUACCAACCUGGGGGCGGGGGUGGAAGGUUUCCUGGAGUAGAGGGCAUUUGAUUGGAGCUUGGAAGAAUUCAAGAAUGGAAGAAAACAAUCAGAUUGAGAAUGAGAAGGAACCUUAGAUGGCAUGUCUAGUACAAGCCCCUCAUUUUACAAACAGGUCCUGGGAGGUUAAGGGAUAUACCUGAGGUCACAGUUAAAUGAUACAAAGUCCUCAUUCCAAAUGCAAGGCCCUUUUCAUGGAGCCACGACACUGCAGACACACAGAAGGUCAGGAGGUUGGAGAGCAUUAGGGUGUUGUAUGUGUGAAGGGCGUGGGGGUACAAAGGAGUUGGUGCAGCCAUGUUGACCAUUUUGGUUGAAUUAGAGUGUAUAUAAGAAUCACGUAAAAGGUGAGGUAGCACCACGUCAGGUUAAUCAAAUAGAAAAACAUAACAGGCAAUCUUCCUCUCCCUCGAGCUUUUUACUCUUGAGCCCUAGGGAUUUACCAAUCCAUCAACACUUAGCAAGCACCUACUAUGUUCCAGAUACUGUGCCAAAUGUUUCCAUUUCUAAUAGGUUAGAGGUAGCUGGGUGCCUAAAUUGCCUGCCUAUAAAGGACUCUCAACAUUGCUGUUUGCCACUUGGGACCACCGAGCUCUCACUGACUUUCCUCCCAAUCCCCCUGUUCCAGUUCUCCUGCCCAACCAGUACCUUGAGGUGAAUCUCAGCUAGAUGGAAUGUGGGAACCCAGGUCUUUUGUCCACUCCAUCUCUGAACAAGAGUUGCCACCACAGCAUCCCCAAAAUGGUGGUACAACUUCCCCUUGAGCAUCUCUAGGGAUAGGGAACCAGCUAUUCCCAAGGCAGCCCAUCCCCCUUCUGGAGGCCCGUUGUUUUUACUGCUUUUGAAUGGAAACUUCUGAGCCUUCACUGCUCCUAGUUCUAGUCCAUUUGCUCUUCCGUAUGAUAGGCCUUCAAAGGCUGGAAGUUGGCUCUCAUCCCCCACCCUCCAAAGUCAUCCAGUCCUGGGCCUCAGGUUUCGGUGACCUUCAGUUAACUUCCAAGGAUCGUAGCUCCUCUGUUAAAAACAACCCCAGAGGCCCUUUGCAUGCUUCCCUCCCUGUCUUCCACUUCCUCUCCACCCCUAGGCCUGCACUGCUCUCCGAAGCACCCAGGUGCCUUACCUUAGGUCAAAAUAGCCCUAACAUUCCCUUAGUUACCUUCCCAAUUCAGGAAAAAGUAGGUCUUCAAUCUGAGUUAGACACUUUCCCAGUGCAAACUGGCUAACGUUUCCUCGAAUUUGAAUUAAAGGGAAAGUACUCUCAUUUUUCACAUUUACAUCAAGUAUCCUUGGUACAAGCUCUGGCCUGCCUUUUUCCAGCCUUAUUUGUACAUCCCUCCUCUUCAUAUAGUCUAUGUUCCAGUCCAACUAGAUGUUCUUUGAACGUGGCAUGUUAUUCCUCACCUCCAUGUCUUUGUACAAGGCUUUCCUUCUCACCUCCACUUCUUAGAAUCCUUAUCUUCCUUCAAGGUGCCACCUCCUCCCCAAAGCCUCUGAUUUACAUCCCACUGACCAUUGGUCAAUGAACUCUUCCGUGUCUGUCUGUGUGCACAGUGUAUCACUCCAGUAGAAUGUCAUUUUCUUGUCUUCGUAUCUGUAGCACCUAGCACAGUUCCCCAAGUAGUUCCUAAAUAAGUGUUUUGGUUUUUCAAUUUGAUAUGUGAGCCCCAACGCCAAGCCAGCAAACCUCCUAGGUCUUCCUAGCCACCCUUGACCUUUUUUAGAUGCCUGGGUUCAGAAAAAAAGCCAUCCCAAUUCCUGAUGGCCUCCCUUUGGCAGCUGCUGCCACUGUGAUUGGAUGUUCAAUUCUAGCAGCUAUUCCUCUUUCCCUUCUGCCUAUGGCUCCACCCUCCAGGCUACAUGAGUGUACUUUCUAGGGUUAACUUACAAGGGAAAGGAGACUAAACAUUCAACUCAUUUGCACAGAUGUUUGUUAAGUGCCUAAAGGAGAAAAACCACACUAAUUGACCUCAGGGAGCUUACAGUAUCCCCCUGUUAAGGGAGGAAUAUGACUUUUCUUUCAUUAGGGGUCUUCAAGUGGAGGCUGCAUGAGCACUUAUUGGAGGUGUUGUAGAAGGUAUUCCCAUUGAAGUUGAAUCAGUCAAAAAACAUAAAGUGCCUCCUGUGUGCCAGGCACUAAGCUAAAUAGAGGUUGAACUAGGUAAUCAAUCACUGAGGUCCCUCCCAACUCUCAGACUAUGUGAUUCUUUGACAAUAUACACAGAUGAGCUGGUAAAAGUAAAAAGAAAAAUCCAAAGAACUCUAGAAAAAUGUGAGGGAAUAAUCUCUUUCAACUAUGGAAAUCAGGGAAAAUUCCAUGGAGAAUGAGAAGGAACCUCAGAGGCCAUGUAGUCCCACCUGUCCUUGACCAAAGAUCCCUUCUUGUAUUAGUUUUCAUUCCUGUUCAAUUCUCUGACCCCAUUUGGGGUUUUCUUGGCAAAGAUACUAUAGUGACUUGCCAUUUCCUUCUCCAACUCAUUUUACAGAUGAGAAAACUGAGGCAAACAAGGUUAAGUGACUUGCCCAGGGUCACACAGCUAAUAUAAGUAUCUGAGGCUAGAUUUAAAAUCAGGAAGAUGAGUCUUCCUGACUCCAGGCCUGGCACUCUAUCCACUGUGCCACCUAACUGCCCUAUCCUUCUAUAAUAUCCAAAUCAAUUGAUUAUGCAGGCUCUGCUUUAAGGGCAGCUAGGUGGCCCAAUAAAUUGGAGCACAGGACCUAGGAUCAGGAAGAUCUGAGUUCAAAUCCAGCCUCUGACACUAGCUAUGCGACCCUGCUUAAGUCACUUAAACUCUUAUGGCUAAUUUCCUCAUCUGUAAAAUGGAGAUAGUAAUAGCACUUUAUUUUCCAGGGUGGUUGUGAGAAUCAAUCAAAUAAGACAAUACAUGUAAAGUGUUCUACAAAGGAAAUAUACAAAUAUACAAAGUGCUAUAUAAAUGCUAUUCUCUGACAA